AUGGUGGAUAUAUUACAAAACGACGCCCAGCCGCCGUUCGACCUGCUUCUAAACAUAAUCGGCGGCCAAUCGACCAAACUCAUAGCCAGUGACAACCCCUCUUCAUCGCAUCCAUCCCCGCGACGUCCUCAACAACGUUCUCGGUUUGCGUCUGGAGACUUCCCCAAACAGUACGACCUCUCACAACCUGCCAAAUCAUGGUGGAGAUACUUCCAAAAACAAACCGACACUAACACGGCCAUGUGUUACACUUGUGGUGCUGUUUUCAACCGAGGACCAAAACAAUCGACCACUUCGUUAAGUCAUCAUCUGAAAAUGUAUCAUAGAGAGCAGUUCAUAUGUAUACAACAAGCAAAAGAUGACGAUCUGAAGACGAGCAAGAGUGGGAAGAAGGUGAAACAGAAAGUGAAGGAAACGGAGGAAGAACCAGACGAAGAACAACACUCUGGCAAGAAGAACACCUUCAACAUAGCACUGAUAAAGUCUGUCAAAGGAAGACCAGAGAUCUAUGAUGCAAAGUUAAGAGCAGGAUCGGAUGAAGCUUUGGGUACGAUCUGGGAAAGUGUUGCUGAGGAUAUUGGAGAUGGUGCUACUGGUAAGUUUUGGUUAAUUUUGAUAUUAAAAUCUUAUUAUUUGACAUAUUUGUUUAAAUCAGCUUUUGAAAAUUGGUUCUCAAUGAAAGAAAAGUGCAUUUUUUUUAAAUAAAGAACACUUAAAAUGAUCACAAUUUUACAAUUUUCAAACUGCUCUUGAUAUUUUUCAAAUUUAAAUAUUUUUCAGUUGAAACCGUGAAGAAACGCUGGCUCCAGAUCCGAGAUCGUUACCGAAAAGAGCUCAAGUUCGCGAUACGAGAUAACUUUGCAUACGAACCUAAAUGGCCUUAUUUUUGGGAUUUGGGCUUCUUGGACGAACAUCUACGAGAUACCACCGAAAGAGCAAACUUGGGAGUACGACAGGUCGAAAAACGGAAACAACCAGAUAAUAAUGGCAACAAUGGUACGCAUUUUCUGUUUACAAAAGCAGUUAUUUGAAAAUUAAAAAAAUAUAUCUGAUCAGCUAAAUAAUAUGAAAUAAGUCACUAAUUCGUAUUUUUAAAAACUUUGUUGGUACUUAUAAGUUUACAACCUUUAAAAACAAUUUAGAGUUCUUCAUACCUCUAAAAAUUACAGAUUUCCAAACACUUUUCGACGAAUCAGCCUCAUCCCUCUUAACCAACAUAUUCAGUGCUUGUGCCCAACAAUCGUCCCCAGAUUCUGUCUACAAUGAAGCCGAAUCCACGGAUUCAGCGAUCACAUCGACUUCAGAAAACGACCUCGAAGAAUCCGAAUCCAAACCCAUGAAACUCAAUUUCACUCCGUUUUUGAAUGACAAAUCAGAAGACGUACUAGAGGUACCAUCGAAACGACCACGCAAAUCUACACCGACCAGAUCUCGACCACUCAAAGUAGAAUCGACCGAGAAUGCGGGGUCGUUUGAUUGGCUGGAGGAUGAGGAUAUGUUAUUCGGGAAGAUUGUCGCGCUGAGGCUGAGGACUUUCCCGGCUGGUGCUAAAAAACAGGUAGGAUUUCUUUCUUGAUUAAAGUUUUAUGCACCAGUAAAAACGAAAAUUUUUGUAAAAUACGAAAUUUGGUUGCUUUUGAACUACGUAUGCAUGCGGUUUUAAACUUUCGAAGAAAUUAAUUUUUGUUUAAUAUCUAAUAUAAAAAUUAAUUUUUAGCUAAAAAUCUCGAUUGAAAAGCUGUUCGAACGACACGAACGUGGUCAACUGUAA